AGAGGCGUCGAGUCGUUGAUGUCUAAUUCCUACGAUUACAUAUGGGAGGAUCAUGUAUCAUAUUAAUGAUACGUGUGUUUAUAUAUUUGUUUUAAAAUAUCUAUGAAAAGAUUUGAAAUGUGACAUUGUGAAAAAAUUAGCAAUCAAGAUGGGUUCACAUAAAAAUUUCGAUAGCAUGUGUACUUUUAAGGUAGAUGGUAAAAAAUAUAAUAGAGUUGUACAACACAUACAGAAUAAAUGGAAACUUGUUCCAGCCUUUUUAAAGGGAAAGGGUCUUGUGAAGCAACAUAUUGAUUCGUUUAAUUAUUUUGUUAAUGUUGAAAUUAAGAAAAUCGUUAAAGCCAAUGAGAAGGUUCUUAGUGACGCUGAUCCAUUGUUUUAUGUGAAAUAUUUGAAUGUAUCGAUUGGAACUCCUGAUAUAGAGGAAGGUUUUAGCGUGUCGCGCCCUACUACUCCUCACGAAUGUAGAUUAAGGGACUUAAAUUAUUCUGCUCCGAUUACAGUUGAUAUCGAAUACAUGCGUGGUCAUCAGCCCAUUAUUAGAAAUAAUUUAUUAAUUGGCAGAAUGCCAAUAAUGCUGAGGAGCUCGAAUUGUGUAUUGUCGGAGAAGUCAAAUUUUGAAUUAGCAAAGAUGAACGAGUGUCCUCAUGAUCCUGGUGGUUAUUUUAUUAUCAAUGGACAAGAAAAAGUUAUUUUAAUACAAGAACAAAUGCUAAGGAAUAGAAUUAUAUUAGAAGAAGAUAGUAAAAAUUGUAUUAUAUCGUCGUGUAAUAGUGCAACUCAAGAGAGGAAAACAAAAACAAAUGUUAUUGGCAGAACGGGAAAAUAUUAUUUGCGUCAUAAUAUAUUUCAAGAUGAUAUACCAGUAAUUGUGAUAUUCAAGGCGAUGGGCAUUGUAUGCGAUCAAGAAAUUGUACAGCUUAUUGGUACGGAGGAAAAUUUCAUGAAAAAAAUUGGAUGUAGUCUCGAGGAAUGUCACGCGCUCAAUAUUUUUGCACAAAACCAGGCCUUAAAGUAUUUAGGAAACAAGAGAAAACAAAAACGCUUUACAGUUGUGAAAUCUAGUAUCACAGACGAAAUGAAAGAUGUUUUAGCGUCAAAUAUCUUGAAUCAUGUUCCUGUAAUUGAUUUUAAUUUUAAAUUAAAAGCUACAUAUCUUGCAUUAAUGAUACGUAAGGUAAUGAUUGCCGAAACGGAUGGGAAAUUACUGGACGAUCGAGAUUACUAUGGUAAUAAGCGAUUAGAAUUAGCCGGUUCGCUAUUAUCAUUAAUGUUCGAAGAUCUCUUUAAGCGCUUUAAUUGGGAAUUGAAGCAAAUAGCGGACAAGAAUAUACCGAAGAUUAAAGCUGCUCAGUUUGAUAUCGUUAAGCAUAUGAGACACGAUUUGAUUACGAAUGGAUUGGCAUGUGCAAUAUCAUCCGGAAAUUGGACAAUUAAGAGAUUUAAAAUGGAAAGGCACGGCGUAACACAAGUACUCUCUCGCCUAUCGUACAUUUCUGCUUUGGGAAUGAUGACACGAGUGAAUUCACAAUUCGAAAAGACUCGUAAAGUAUCGGGACCACGAUCUUUGCAACCUUCCCAAUGGGGAAUGCUCUGUCCCAGCGAUACUCCAGAAGGAGAGGGAUGUGGCCUUGUAAAAAAUUUAGCUUUAAUGACUCAUAUUACGACAGAAAUAGACGAAGAGCCAAUAAUGCGAUUAGCCUUCAAUCUUGGUGUGGAAAACGUAAAUAUUUUAGGUGGCGAGGAAAUUAAUAAUAAAAAUGUUUAUAUGGUCUUCUUAAAUGGCAACAUAUUGGGUAUUGUAAAGAAUUGCUAUAGAUUAGUAACGGUUUUUCGUCUACUUAGAAGAAAAGGCUUGGUAAAUCAAUUUGUAUCGAUAUAUCCUCAACAUCAGCAUAGAUGCGUGCAAAUUAGUUCAGAUGGUGGUAGAUUGUGCAGGCCAUACAUUAUUGUCGAACUUUGUCAGCCUUUAGUUAAGGCGGAACAUAUAAAACUAUUGGAACAAGGAGUCAGAAGUUUUGAAGAUUUCUUACACGACGGAUUGAUAGAAUACUUAGAUGUGAACGAGGAAAACGAUAGUUUCAUAGCCUUCGAUGAAUCUCGGAUAAAAGAAGGCAUAACUCAUCUGGAAAUCGAACCCUUUACAUUAUUGGGUGUUUGCGCGGGCCUCGUACCUUAUCCUCAUCAUAAUCAAAGCCCUAGAAAUACUUAUCAGUGCGCUAUGGGUAAGCAAGCGAUGGGCACCAUCGCCUACAAUCAACGAAAUCGAAUCGACACUCUAAUGUACAAUUUGGUAUAUCCUCAUGCUCCGAUGGUGAAAACCAAAACGAUUGAAUUAAUAAAUUUCGAUAAGCUUCCUGCUGGUCAGAAUGCAAUUGUAGCUGUUAUGUCCUACAGUGGCUAUGAUAUCGAAGAUGCAUUGAUAAUAAAUAAAGCUUCGAUAGACAGAGGAUACGGCAGGUGUCUAGUGUAUAGGAAUGUAAAGUGUACAUUAAAAAAAUAUGCUAAUCAAACUAGUGAUAAAAUCAUGGGUCCCCUUAUAGACACUGUAACGAAGAAGCCAGUGUUGAAGCAUGACAUUAUUGAUAAUGAUGGUAUCGUGGCACCUGGCGAGAUGGUUGAAAAUAAAAAAGUCAUGGUUAACAAAUCAACUCCAUCUAUGAAUAUAGGCCCCGUUAAUGCGGGAAGUCAAGGACAAACGGAGUAUAAGGAAGUCGCGGUGACGUAUAAAAAUACCGUGCCCGCGUACAUUGAAAAAGUUAUGAUUUCUAGCAAUGCCGAGGAUGCGUAUUUAAUAAAACUUUUGUUACGUCAAACGAGGAGACCAGAAAUUGGUGAUAAAUUUAGUAGUCGUCACGGUCAAAAGGGAGUUACAGGUUUAAUCGUCGAGCAAGAAGACAUGCCGUUUAAUGAUUCUGGAAUUUGUCCCGAUAUGAUUAUGAAUCCUCAUGGUUUUCCGUCUCGUAUGACCGUUGGUAAAUUAAUUGAGCUACUUGCUGGGAAAGCUGGCGUAUUGAAAGGAAAAUUUCAUUAUGGAACUGCCUUUGGAGGAUCGAGAGUAGAAGAUGUUUGCGAAGAAUUACAAAGUCAAGGAUACAACUAUUUAGGAAAGGAUAUGUUUUAUUCGGGUUUAACGGGAGAGCCAUUGCAAGCUUACAUUUAUUCAGGACCGGUUUACUAUCAGAAGCUCAAACACAUGGUUCAAGACAAAAUGCACGCUCGUGCACGUGGUCCAAGAGCAGUCUUAACGAGACAGCCUACCGAGGGCAGAUCAAAAGAUGGUGGCCUGAGGCUGGGAGAAAUGGAAAGAGACUGCCUAAUUGGAUACGGAGCGAGUAUGAUGCUUAUUGAAAGAUUAAUGUUAUCGAGUGACGCCUUCGACGUGGACAUAUGCAACAAAUGUGGCCUAAUGGCUUACAGUGGCUACUGUCACAGCUGUCGAUCCAGUGCACGAGUUUCUACAAUCACCAUGCCAUAUGCCUGUAAACUGUUGUUCCAAGAAUUGCAGUCCAUGAACAUUGUCCCAAGAUUAACCCUUAAAAAUUACUGUGACUAAGCCGUCCGUCGAUCAAUAAAUUUUGUUUGCUGCCAAUAAAUUAAAUAAAUGCUCCGACAAUUCCGUAUAUAUUUGCGCGCAGGAGAGACCAGUGAUUAAUUGCCUAGAUCGAUCGAGAGCCAGCAAAUAAUCAUGUAAUCGAUCAUAAGUUUAAUCUAACCCUAGCCAAUGUAAUUGCUAUGUAAUA